AUGACAGGAGCUGGUUUUUCAUGUGGAGCAUGCAAGUUCCUGAGAAGAAGGUGUACAAAUGAAUGUGUUUUUACCCCUUACUUUUGUUACAGCCAAGGAGCUGAUCACUUUGCAGCCGUUCACAAGAUUUUUGGUGCAAGCAAUGCCUCCAAGCUAUUGAUGAAACUCCCACUGCAAGACAGAAGUGAAGCUGCUAUCAGUAUAUCCUAUGAAGCUUUGGCUCGAAUGCAGGAUCCUGUAUAUGGUUGUGUAGCUCAAAUCUUUGCUCUUGAGCAACAGGUAGCUAGUUUACAAGAGGAGAUAGAUCAGCUUUCGAAUUACAUUACUUAUGUUUCAUUUGGUCUGCCAAAUUACAUGACUUAUGUAUCUUCUGAGUUUAAUGGUAUGAGCAUCAGUGAUCAUCUCAACCAACUGACUCCGCCAUUGUUUGCUGCACCGCAAGCUUCUUCUCCAUCCUUGGCUAUUUUGGAGGGCCAAAAUUCUCAUUCUCACAGCCUUCUCGACCAUCCACUCAUGGAAAGCUUUUAA